AGCCAUACUAAACUCACCCAAUACUAGCCUCCAAAACGCCUUGUCUUCAGUUGGGGCAGGGCAGCCAAGUACUCCAGCUAUUAAUACCUCAACCCCUAUAGACCCCAGCUCUAUGCAGAGGGCGUAUGCAGCACUUGGGCUGCCAUAUAGUAGUCAAGCCACUGGGCAGUCCCAACAGGCUGGAGGUCCUGGGCAGACACCAGGAGCACCGAACGCGCAGGCCCAGCAGCUCUCCCAACAGAUGAGACCCAUCAAUACACUUGGUAACCAAAUGGCUCUUGGGGGUACAGCACUGGCUGUUCCCACUUCAGAACAGAACAACUUGCACACAGAGUCCCUUCCCAAUGCACUCAACACUAACAGUCAGCUGCUGGCAGAUGGAUCAGCUGUAGGCUCCAUGGGCACUCUUCCCACAGCAGCACCUGUCUCUGCUACAGGCACCAGGAAAGCCUGGCAUGAGCACGUCACUCAGGACCUGCGCAAUCACCUCGUACACAAACUCGUACAAGCCAUAUUCCCGACCCCUGAUCCGGCAGCUUUGAAGGAUCGAAGAAUGGAGAACUUGGUGGCCUAUGCCAGAAAGGUGGAGGGGGACAUGUAUGAGUCAGCCAACAGCAGGGAUGAGUACUACCACUUCCUAGCUGAGAAAAUCUACAAAAUCCAAAAGGAACUUGAGGAAAAGAGACGUUCAAGGCUACAGAAACAGAUUAUCAACCAGUCACCAAUUGCUGCGCAAGGGAAUCAGCAGCCUGGACUGCCACAGCCUAAUGCCUUGGGUUCAAGGCCACAGAGUGGACCUGUUUCAAUCUCCAGUGACAUCACCAAUUCACCAGGAUGAAUCACAUCCA